UUUAAGAUGUGGUAGGAGAGAUUAUUUUCAUAUAAAUAAACCAUAUAGCCUUAAAGAAACUUUUGUUGCUCCUGUAACUGCUACUAGCUUCAUGCUAGCAACGUCAUGGGUUAAACUUCUAGUAAACAUGCUUGGUGAUGAAUUCGCAAAAUUGUGACCCUGCCUGUGAAACCCUUACAAAAUGUAUCCAUGAUUACUGUAGUAAAAUCAUAGUAUAGUAAAACCACGUUUUUGCUAAUAGUAAUCAAUACACCAAAAAACACAGUUAACUUUUGGGAUUUGCAGUGAUUUAUAAAGAUAAAACAGUGAUAUCUUUAAUAUUGGCUGAGUAAAGCCAUGUCAAAGAUUGAAAUCAAACUUGAGAAAUCAAAUAGGGAGAUGCUAGCAGAUUUUAGCAAGAUGCUAGCACGUUAGUUUGCCUUCACGACUUGAGUUUGUAUUUCAAAAACGGUCGCAUAUCACAAUUCACUAAGUUGCUUUAAAAAAACAGUUAAUGUGAAAAGGUUUUGGUCUAGUGAUUGGUCUGUAUAUGUGGAAGAUGUUUUAGCAAGAUGCUAGCAUGUAAGUUUGCUAGCACGACUUGAGUCAGGGUCGCAAAUCACAAUUCACUAAGUUGCUUUAUAAAACGGUUUCAGGCUAAUGUGAAAAGGUUUUGGUCUUGUGAUUGGUCUGUUUAUUUGGAAGAUGUUUUAGCAAGAUGCUAACAAGUUAGUUUGCCUUCACGACUUGAGUUUGGAAUUCAUAAACGGUCGCAAAUCACAAUUCACUAAGUUGCUUUAAAAAACUGUUUCAGGCUAAUAUAAAAAGGUUUUGGUCUUGUGACUGGUCUGUUUAUGUGGAAGAUGUUUUAGUAAGAUGCUAGCAUGUUAGUUUGCUAGCACGACUUGAGUUUGGAUUUCACAAACAGGGUCGCAAAUCACAAUUCACUAAGUUGCUUAAAAACAGUUUCAGGCUAAUGUGAAAAGGUUUUGGUCAUUCUGUUUAUGUGGAAGAUGUUUUAGCAAGAUGCUAGCACUUUAGUUUGUCUUCACAACUUAUGUUUGUAUUACACAAAUAGGGUUGCUUCAAAAAAACGGUUCAGGCUAAUGUGAAAAGGUUUUGGUCUUGUGAUUGGCCCGUUUUUGGAAGAUGUUUUAGCAAGAUGCUAGCAUGUUAGUUUGCCUUCAAAACUUGAGUUUGGAUUUCACAAACAGGGUCACAAAUCACAAUUCAUCAAGUUGUUUUAAAAAAUGGUUUUAGGCUAAUGUGAAAAGGUUUUGGUCUUGUGAUUUUGGAAGAUGUUUUAGCAAGAAGCAUGUUAGUUUGCCUUCACGACUUGAGUUUGGAUUUCACAAACAGGGUCGCAAAUCACAAGUUUCUUUAAAAAACAGUUUCAGGCUAAUGUGCAAAGGUUUUGGUCUUGUGAUAAGUCUGUUUAUGUGGAACAGAGAAAAGAACUGAAAGCAAAAUACAUUGAUAAAAGUUCACUGCAGGUGACGUUUUAAUAUGUCGAAUAUAAAGGUUACAACAGAAAUGUGUGACCACAACACUAACAAGAAAUACGGAUUUACGCAAUGCAAUGUUUUUUUUUAAAGAUCACAUUUUAAAAAGCUGUUAUUUUGAGACUGCUGCAAUGUCACGUUAUUCAUUGUAAAAAAAAAUAAUUAAUUAAAAAAGUGUACACUGUACAAAGGUCAUAACAUGUGUUUUUACAGUAUCUCAUCGACGUAAGUUAAGCAAUUUUAACUUUUUAUAAGUUUUAAUAAGUAUACAGAACAAUAUGUUCAAGUGAUUACAAGCCAAUCACACUAAAAAGUUUAACGCAGCAAAUUUUUUUAUUAGCCCUGUCUGUUCUGCCCUAAAGCAAUAAAAGGGUGGCCUGCCUCCCCCUAGCAUCCGGCCUAAAAAUCCUGUUUUUAAUAGCAGCGUGCUGAUGCAGAACAGCAGUAAUCGCAUCAGUCCUGAAGAUGCAGUGUGCAUUGAGAUCUCAUAAGCACAGGAUCAAGCCCCCCACCGCAACCCCGACCGGUUCUCGCAAGUAGGUGAGCGAGAAAGGGCGAGCGGAAAAGCCGUGAGAGAGAGAGAGAGUGGUAGGCGGAAUGAACGAGAAAGGGAGACAGCGCAUUGCGAGCGAGUGAGAGCGGGUGGGGGGAGAGCCAGAGGCAGGCAGUGUUCAACAGCCAGUGAACACAGAAAUGCAGGGAGUUUGAGGGAGAGGCUGGAAAACCGAGGCCCUCCGCCAACCUUAGAAAAAACACAGGGAUAACAUCAAGACCGGCGAGGAAACUAGAGGGCGGGGGAUUUCAGAGUGAACAAACAUGCCUGAGAAAGUUACAGUACAGAAAGGUAAAACAGCUGAGAAAGACAUCUCCUGGACAUUUCCUAUCAAGAAAUCGCAGGAUGUCCUCUGAGACGAAAGGGACGGAGGAACGACACAUUGUGCCAACUUCGUUUGAGCCCCAAAAUCCGUUACGAGCUCGGAGAGAAAUGGGUCAACAUCUGCAGAGAUCUCAAGCAGACAUCCAUGCUUAUUUUUGGAAUGGGAACCACGUAAAGAACACCUGUGGAUCGAAGCAGGCAAAUGGAAGUCUAGUCAAUCUGAAGGGUCACAUACAGCCAGACUUGAUUGGCCUUGGCAUGCAUUGGAACCGGACCCUAGGGACCGGUGUGCAACACAACAGAGUCUCUGUGAACUACGGCUUGACAGAAUGCAGCUUUAUGGCCCACCAGCACCAGACCGAGCCACACCUCUUCUCGAGGAAGUGUGGUCUUGACUCGCCAGCAAAGUUCAGAGGUCAUGGAAACUGUGGGUUGACUGUUUGUGUGCCUGAACAACAAUCGGCCUCUGUGAGAGAGGAGCCAAAUGCGUCAGAAACAAACGAAAGCGGCUUUGCUAGUCAUAAUUCCAACUUUAAUAGCAUACUUUGUACUUCUAAUGGAAUUCGGGACUUGAACGGACCCAGCCUGGUGCAAGAAAUUAUGCUUUCUACCAAAGAUGUUAGGAGUCCCAAUCCUAGGACAUUCCGACAAGGAAAAGUGGACUUGAAUAGAAAGACUUUAAGCUCUGAACAGAGCCAGAAAGCAAUACAGGACCAGAUUCAAAAAGUUGUGGUUAAUCUUGAAGAGGUCCUUCAUGGCCUAAAGGAGAUACAUCUGGAAAUGAAAGAGGUGGUCCAUCAAAUAGACCGGCUGACUGCGGACAUCGAUACGGACGAAAAGGAACCAGGUGGGGCUCCCUUUUCAAGUGGGAUGGAGACAGGAUGUGAAUCAGAGUCAUUGAGAUACAAAGUACCCUCUUAUGAAGACAAAAAGAUGUGUUUAUCCAACAAGGACCAUCUUUCAUGCACAAAUGCCCCACCAGCAUACUCCGUCAAGGAUCAAGUGCGACAACUCGGAUCAACUCAGGAGAAAUCCGAUUCCCAAAAACAUGAUUUGAGAACUGGUGCAGGACGCCGGGGACUGAAGCCCCCUCCUUAUCCGUAUGCGAACCCAUCAGGAAAAGUGAAUCUUAAAGCAAGGGAGAAAGGUCAAAAAGCACCACCUUACCCUUUCAGACGGAGACUUCUUUCUACCAUUGUAUGAGCAGACAGUCAUUUCGUGGCACAAAGAAAACAUAAAGUGCCAUUUUAGAAGAAAGUCAUGUAUUGUGCCAGUAAAAAUCGAAGGAUUCUGACAAAGCCCAAAGACUUCGUGGGAAUUCUCAAUGAGAGCUCAACACCAUCAGCAGAAGAUCAGAAGCCGACUGGGACUGAGAAAGAGAGCGAGAGAGAAAGAGGAGAUAAGUGACAAGACACAAAACUAAUGGAGAAACCAGGAGGAGUACGCUGAAUAACAAAGAGAUUUUGUCUAAGAGAACGAAGAGUGCUUGUUUCAAACACGCUUUUGAAGUUUUCGUAUGUACACAGGGGAAAAUGACAUCAGGACACGGCAGUCAGCCCGCUACAGAAAAUGUCAAUGUCAUCCGAGGAUAAAGAUGAUGAUGUUGUGACGUCUUGAUAUGCAACGCUAGUACGACUGCUUUUGAUCUGAGGGCCGAAGAGCUUUAGGAACAUGAAUUGAGGAUCUGUCUUAAGUCACGAUUGAAGCUCAAGCUUGCCCGUCACAAACAUUUCAAUGUGCAAAGUUUAUAAAUAAAAAAUCUAUUAAAUAUG